GAGAGGAAGAGAGAGCAGCACAAAUCAACCUGUCUCCUCUUGACUUCAGCAAACAGCACAGAGGAGUUCGCCUAUAGGCGCAGGGAUCGGGAAGUGUGAGUUGCGAGUUAUUUCGUGGUUUUUCGUUUUUUUUUAUAUAUAUAUCAUUAUUAUUAUUGGGUUUAGAGGAAGAUCACAGCUCUGGGGAAGAACCGCAGCGGCAGGAGAAACGAGCGGCCUCACCGUGGGGAUAGAUAGCAGAAAAAUGCUGUCAUGGGGAGAGAAGGGGAGGGAGUCGACUGAGAGGAACAGGAUGGAACAAGGCAGGGUCGAGCAGGACUGAAAACGUGGAGGUGGUCUAUGGAUGACAGCUGCAGGCACUGGGCAGUGCUCACCAGUGGAUGCCAUGUUUGACAUUUUGAUACAGACAGCACCUCUCUGAAACAGAGGGCAUAGAGAUAGGCUCCAGUGAUGAUCCUCGUAUGUUUAACUCAAACUAAAUGGUCAUCUGCACAAGUGGAUGGACUCCUCCGACUAACAGUGCGGUUUCCCUUCCGUCUUCAUCAUUCUCACUCAAGAAGUCAUUGACGAAGUGUGGCAUCCCACAGAGGCGCCUAUGAGAGCCCAGAGGUCGAGAGAGUUCAUCCAUCUUAAGUGGUGUGAAUGAGAAAAUAAUAGUUGCUUUCACUUAGCUGGGUUUUUCCUUUUCACACUCAGGAUCCCAGUUUCACACCAGCACCCCAGACACCAAGAUAGCAAGUUAGCUGUCGACAGCAGAAAGCUCCAGGGAGGAGAUUGUUAGAUUAGUUUUGAUUUCUCAUUCACCAUGCAGUCCGACGACCUCUUCAUCCGCAAGUUUCGCCGUCAGAAUGUGCGCCCUCCCCUCGCCACUGUCAAUUUUGACCCCAAACGGGAAGCGGGAGUGGUGGAGUGGCCUCCCAGGAGGCCCGGCGACGGUGCUGAUGUGGACUGCAGCCUCACUCCAAGCCGUGUGGGGUUGAAUCUGCGGUCAGUGGGGCGGGGCCACAUCAUGCAAAGAAGCAACAGUGAUGUAACCCUGGGAGACUUGGACUCGUCUGGGAAAACAGGAGGGAAAGUAAUCCGAGCAGUUGGUGAGAAAGUGGGUAUGGGGACUCAGGGAGACUCAAGUGUUCAUCUGCACAGGGAGUAUGGCAGCCUAUCGUCACUGGAGAGACAAACUCUAACUCAGGAGCCGAGUGGAGAGAACCGGGGGCCCCUGAGUCCAAGUGCUCUCCGCUUUAAAGACCCUUUUUUGCUUUUAGGAUUGGAGGGCAACCCUCCAGAGCCUGAUGGGUUCUUCCGAGAUCUGUCCAGGUCCAUUGGAGACUCCCCAAAACCUGCUAAGCCACCGAAGCCUGAAGGUCUUAGUAAAAAGUCCAAACCUACACCCCCUCAAAUCCUUCAACAAGGCCCUUACGAGCACCUCGGAGGCGGAGCGUGGGUGAGGAACUUUGCCCACUACGAUGUUCAGAGCAUCCUGUUCGACCUCACAGAGGUUGCGACAAACAGGGACAGCAUCGGACGCAAGAAGAACAUCACCUCGGGGGCUUCGGCUGCCUCCCAGCUCCGCCCCCUUGCCCAGUCCACACCUGCCUCACCAGCACUGGGAGGAGGAGGCAGCGGAGGGAACACUGAUGACCAGGAGCAGUCAUUGCUUCUGGACGAAGGUGAUGGCAACGAUAAUGAGCUGCUCCUCAGCUGUCCACACUUCCGCAAUGAGACAGGAGGAGAGGAGCAGGUGGGCCUGGGUCGGUCGCCUGGCAGGAGGGAGUUCUGGUCGAGUCUGCGGACCCCUAAUGAUGCAGUGUCUGUCCUGGAGGAGCCCAGGGAGAGCAAUAUCCAGCUGCAGGGGAAAAGCAACUACUUCAUAGAGCACGCAGAUCUGGGAGCGCAUUACUAUCGCAAAUAUUUCUACCUGAAAGAACACCAGAACUUCUUUGGGAUUGACGAUCGCCUUGGCCCAGUGGCCAUCAGCUUCCGCCGAGAUGAGAAAGAGGGAUCCAGUGGAGCUCAGUAUAAUUAUAGAAUCAUCUUCCGCACCACUGAGAUGAAGACACUGCGAGGCUCCAUCCUGGAGGAGUCUGUGCCCUCCGCUGCUCGCCACACAACCCCGAGGGGUCUGUCCCCCAAGAGGCUGCUGGAGUUUAUCAUGCCUGAGCUCAACCUGCACUGCCUCCGCUUGGCUUCGAACUCCCCAAAGGUCCGGGACACGCUGCUCAAGCUGGACGAACAGGGGCUGAAUUUUCAGAGGAAGGUUGGAGUAAUGUACUGCCGGACCGGACAGAGCUCCGAGGAGGACAUGUACAACAACGAGAGCUCCGGGCCAGCGUUCGAGGAGUUCCUGGAUCUGCUCGGAGAGCGGGUGCGGCUGAAGGGCUGGGAGAAAUACCGAGCUCAGCUGGAUAACAAGACUGACUCUACUGGAACACAUUCCCUCUACACACGCUAUCAGGACUAUGAGAUCAUGUUUCAUGUGUCCACCAUGCUUCCCUAUACAGCCAACAACACGCAGCAGCUGCUGAGGAAGCGACACAUUGGAAACGACAUCGUGACAAUCGUGUUCCAAGAGCCAGGCGCCCUGCCCUUCACUCCAAAGUCCAUCCGCUCACAUUUCCAGCACGUCUUCAUCAUCAUUCAGGUUCACGAGCCCGGCACCGACCACACCUACUACAGAGUGGCUGUGACACGCUCCAAAGACAUCCCAUUAUUUGGGCCCCUGUUUCCCAAGGGUGCCUGCUUCCCUCGCUCGCCUGCCUUCAGAGACUUCCUUCUGGCAAAGGUAGUAAAUGCUGAGAAUGCUGCAGAGAAAUCAGAGAAGUUUCGCUCCAUGGCCACCCGCACGCGGCAGGAAUACUUGAAGGACCUGGCGGAGAACUAUGUGACCACCACGCCCAUUGACUCCUCCACCAAGUUUCCCCUCCUCUCUCUGGGGGGCAAGCGUAAAGACAAGAUGAAGGGCGCAAAAGGAGCUGAACUGCACAGCGCCGGCGCGCUGGUGUGGGCGGUGAUGAUCAACAGCAGAGAUGACUUGGAGUCCAUUGAGCAGCAGAACCUUCCCUGUCUGCUCGGGGUGUCAGCAGAGUCGGUGGUGCUCAUUGAGAGGGGGAGUCGCCGGGUGGUGUUUAACUGCUCCUGUCGAGAUGUCAUCGGAUGGAAGGCGGUGACAGUAACAAAGGACGGGGGGCCCUGUUUAGAUAUCUUCUAUGAACGCGGGGAAUCUGUAUCGAUUAGUAUGUUGGACAGCCAGACAGAGGACAUAAAAGAAGUGGUGCAAAGACUUGAGCUCGUCACACGGGGUUGCAAGGCACUGGAGGUCACCCCGCUGCGGGACGGAGUGGGGCAGCCCGGCUUCCUGAUGAAUGAGGAGGGCUUUGUGACCGACCUGCAGAGGUUCUGCUACGCCGAGAGCGGAGGGGUGCAGCUCUGGGCUCGCGUGGUGAGACUGUGCGGGCAUUCCCUGGUUCACUUAAGCCCUGAGGAGAGGAGCAGGCUUCUCCGCACAGCACACAAGAUCCACAUCACCGUCAUCCCACCAGAUGAGAACGGCAAACCUCGCAGAAGUUUCUCUGAGCUUUACCAGAAAGCCAUCAAGGAUGCGGAGUGCAAAUCCGGCGAGGAUCAGUCAGGAGUGGCCUGGGUGGUGGAUGAAAAGGAAGAUGAAAAGGAGGAACAGGAGCAGAAGAUGGAGGACCAUCUAAAGGCGGACAGGAUCAACGAGGAGGAGCUCAUUGAGGAGGAGUUGAAGAUGGAAGGAGGCAGGGAGCAGCCAUGUGAUAGACAUCAAAACGAGGGAAGUCAAGGCCCGCUCCUUGGACCGCCCUACUUACCUUUGUUGAGGGCUACAUCUCUGCAGGACCAGCCAACCAAUCAAAUCGAAGAGGUCAGCGUCUCACAGCUCACCCGCAGUUUUUCUUUGGAGAAACAGCUUUCCUACACAGACACAGACAGCUGUGAUGGACAUGUGUAUGACAACAUGAUGAAAGAGCAACAUCACAUCUACGAGAACAUCAGGGAGCUCAGGGACGCUACACCUGACCUGAUCCUGGCUGUCAAACCCAAAGUUCCCCUGGAGGACGAGCAGUUCAUGGCCACUGACCUUGGUGAGGACAAAGCUUCAGCGAGCGACUUCUCUCUCUCAUCUUCCCGUCUAUCGAGUGUAGACCGAGCUGAACGAAAUUCACGAGCCCUCAGUCUUCAUAACUCCAUCACCAAGAUUCUUUCUGAGACAACAGAUUCAACAGAUGAGGAGUGGCAGUCCAUUGCUGACCUGGCAACAGCCUGCCGCAGCAUCCUGGAGGCUUUGUCCAAAGAAGACCGCAAAGCCGGGGAUUCCUCUCAAGGAGGAGCUGACCAGACAGACGGCAAACUGAAAGACUCAAAGGACAGUGACUCUCCGGGCCACCUAGAGGAGAAGGUGUCACAGCUGGAGGCCAUGCUGAAGAAUCUGCAAGAUGACCUGCAAAAGGAGAAAGAGGACAAGGCGGUGCUGCAGGCCGAGGUGCAGAGCCUCAGGCAGAACAACCAGCGGCUGCAGGAGGAGUCGCAGACCACAGUGGCGCGCCUCAUCAAAGUCACCGAGCUGCUGUGCAACGUCAACAAGCCCUGUUAGGUCCCCACGCUGCUUGAUGAUGCAAAUCCUGCAGAGCGCCUCCAUGCUCAACAUCCUUCUUUGAUCAUGUAUAGAUACUGUAGCUGCAAAGUAGACACACACAGGCAGGCAUGGUCCUGCCUGCUGGUGAGGAAGUAUGCAAAAGAGACAAAGAAAAACACAACAUAUAGACUGACUUGCACAGGCUGCCGUAGAGUGCUCCUCUUUAUGUGUGUGUGUGUGUGUGUAUGUGUGUGUGUGUGUAUGUGUAUGUGCCUGUGUUCCUUGCUUCAAAUACUUGACAAACUCUGACAAGUAGCACUUACAUAUGAGGUUUCAAUUAAGACAGAGAGACGCUGUAUAGCAUGUGUUGUGGUGUCUAAUGGAAAAUGACCAAAAGUGUAUAAAACGUAGUAAGCAGUAUCAGCAGUAAUAUAUGUAAACAGUAGUAUUGCUAUGUUCUCUGGCAUACAUGUAGUUGCACUGUCUGAGUGUGAUUUCUGCCUGGCACUUACAGGGUGGUUGGCCUAAAAUGAAAACACAAGAAAAAAAACAAAUACUGAAAAGUUACAAGUCUGCAGGCAGCCUUCUACUUAAAAAGAUGUAAUGAUGCUCACUGACUGGCCUCGGAGAGAGGUCUGUUGGGUAAGGACAUCAUCUUCUAUCUUCACUUCUCAGUAGUACUGUUUUUAGGACAUUCUGUUUUUAGGAAGAAACAAUUUAAAAACUGGAAAAAAGGGGACUGGAAACACAAAAGAGUAAAAAAAAAAAACGACUGCUUGUUUCUUCUGGGUUGUGUUUUGAAAAACAGCAUAAAGAGGAAAUUAAAAACGGUUAUAAUACCUCUACUGAAGACUUUGGCAAGAACAAACUGCUUCAGCUUCCUUUUAUGAAUGCGUGUAGCUGUUUAUCUUCUAACCUCAGUAUUGUAGCAGCCAUAACUAUAGAAGAUCUCCUCCUGCCGGCCUGAACUGCAGCUGUUAUUUGUCAGCCGGUAAAAAAGCUUUAGGUGUAAGAAUGAACCACCUGGAACUCAUAGUGAAAUGCAGAACAUUGUAUUUAAACAUUUUGUUUGUUUGUUUUUUGUUUUUUUUGUUUUGCUUGUUUAGGGAUGUACCCAGUUGGGUAAUUGUUUGCUUUAGCUAAGGAGUGGCAGCAGUUUAUUGAAAUUUCCUAUCCACCAUAAAUAAAAAUGCACUGAGAAAGAUUCACUGAGGGGUGAUCACAAUCAAAAAGAUUUAUUUUGACCAACCUUAAUUGGUGACCGUCCAAUAGAAAUCCAAUCUUUUUUGAAUCACUGAACACAGCUGAGCACUUAUAGAUCACACUAACAAAUCUUCAAUGUGUAAGUUGUCACAAUCAAAGUUCAGUGUCAGCGAGGUGUUUAAAAAUUAAGUCAGAGGAACCACAGAGGUAUAGGAAGCUGUUUAAAAGGAAACUGUACAUUUAUUCAGGUUGCUACAACAGAGCAAGCCUUUGGUUGGUGCUUGUCAUUCUCAGUUGUUAUUCUCAGCUUCAGAACCUGAAGCUGACAAUGACAACUACACUGUGUUACAGGUCCAAGUGCAGAAACAGUUUGAUUUGCUAAUUGCAACCAGGCUUAUUACCACAAUAAAACAACAAAAAUGAAUUUCUUCAUAUUUUCCGAAGCCACUUGUUCAUUUAAGACCAUUUUAAAAUACUGUGUGUAGCAGUUUUAAGGAUAUCCAAACAAUCAGAGGUACAAAUAAAGUGGUUAUCAAUAAGUAUGCAAUGCAUCCUUUUUGUAAUCAGAGAUCAGAGUUGUUGAGAAACCUCAGAGUUUCUGACUUGUAACUCUAACUUCGGGGGACUAUCUGUUAAUGUUCCUAACUUGAACCUGACAUUUUUACUUCUGAAAGAAAAUGAAAACAUAAUUAAACUGCAUGCCUUAACCACUGAAUAAUACAGUAUAUUCCUCUCUUUUUCUUUGUUUUGUUGUUAUGAUAUAACACAGCAAGUGCUGUUGUACUACUGUGGUUCAGUGUGUACAACUUUGCUUUUGCUAAAGGUUUUUACUUUUUCUAAAAAGUUUGAGAACCACUGCUCUAGGGGAAACACACGAAGCUGCUGUUCACGCUUAUGUUCAUAAGACAACAUAAGAUUCUAAAGACUAAAAUCACAGUAAAGUCCUGUUUCAGAGUGAAUGGCACACAGUAGGACAGCUCCACUGCUCCUAAAAGAGACUGCAAUUUUAGUAAUUCUAGCCAUGCUAACCAUGCUAAUCGCUAACAUGAUUGUAAAGACACUUUCAAAUGUUAAAUAACUUCAAUCUCUCGGACACACACACUGUCUGACAUUUCUUCUGCUCCUAGUAAUUAAUGAUCACUCAAACCAGAAAGACUAGAAGACAUGGAGACUGUAUUUAUAGUAAUGUUAGUUACAAUAACCUUGCUAAUAAUUGUCAAUACAAGAGGACGAAGAAAGUCUUAAAUGUCUAUGGACAUCUAGCCCGCUAGCCGAAUUCAUAGCCCCAUUUUGUACCCACGCAUUGACAUUUCAUCCCUUUGUAUUUUCAUUUCCUAUCCAUGCAUGCUAGUUAAAGCAUUGUCAAUCUUUUGUGGUUGGGCUUUUUGUUUGCACUUUUAUAUUUUCAAGAAUAAUGAAGAUUAAUGGUCAUACAAAAUGUCAAAUCUCAAGUGCAAUUUAAUUCUAUUGUAUGUUAUCUGAAAAACUGUAUUACACCUCAUUUAAGUUCUAAUACCCAUUCAGGUCAGUUCAGUCAAAUCAAGCUAACUCUGAGUGACUUCCUGCUGAUGUUGUGUAUUGAGUUAUAUAGCAACCUCUCUUUACAGUAGACUGGAAGUUGACUAUAGAAACUAACUCUAAAUCACGGAAUAUCAAAGUGGUACUAAACAUUCCUCUGGGAGGUCCAAAUUGACACAUGGAUACAAAAUGUUUAGCAAUACCAUUUUGUACACAAAAAAGCCGGGAACUUAGCCACCAACGCCCUAAAGGUACAAAAUGCCAAACUGACUAGCACCUCCACACACAGCAGGAAAGCUACAUUUAGUUAUUCUGAAUCAUAUUCCAAUAUCUUCUUAUAUUAUAGUUCUUAUUGGGAAAUUGGAAUUGGUUAUAGUUGGGAACUGGCCAUUUUUCUCUGAUCGGUGCAUCUCUAACCUCAAUGUAUACUUAUGUGCUUACGUGUCAUUUUUGCACUUUUGCUUUUGUCAGUGUAACACGGGACAGGUCAUAUACUGUACUUCAUUCAACCUGCCUAGGAUUAUAAUAUUAUGUCUUGCUCAACAUAAUGAGGUGCAUAGGAUCUUAACUGCCCCCGAUACCCACAUUCCCUUAUCCGUCUGUGUCCAAUGCUGAUCGAGUCAGUGUGUUCAAAGGAGUUGGUCUGCCCUUUGUGCCAACAACAAACCCGAAAUACAAACAGCUGACCACAAACUUAUCACAAAGGACAAACUCUGAACUCUCACACAAACACAAAAAACGAUGCCAAACAUCACUCAAGACUGCUGUUUCUUUUUUCUUGUACAAACAUUCUCCUGUAAUUAUACUUUACAGUCACUGUGAAUAACGGGUACCAGCAUAUGAAAAGUAAAUUAGGAAUCACUGGCACUGGGCAUGCUCUCCUUUUUGUAGGACGAUUAGUGUUAAUAGAAGGAUCCAUUAUUUAAAGGGAGAGACUUACAUGGGAGAAGACCUGUUUUACUGUGUCUUGUAUAUUUAUUUAGAUUGUAGGAGACUGGUCGAGCAUGACAUCGUGCCAAGCGACUUCCAAGCCUCCCCUGCUGUAUGUGUGUAUGUAAAAAAAUGUAACGUACUACUAAUGCAAAUGUGGACUUUCUUGUAGCUGUUCAAACUGGAUUGAAGGUGUAAAAAAUGAAAAUGUGAACUAUGGUGGUGAAAGAAGGUGAGCUGAGUUAUAAAUUUUGCUUUACUUUUCUACACCAUAAAUGACUACGAUGUAAAAUGAAGUGAUAAUUCCUGAAACAUAAUGUAAUUAUAAGUGAUAAUAUUAUUCUGUAAUUGAGUUAUUUCACAUGUUGAAUAUGGUCAUCUGGUAUGCCUUAAUGAAUGGAUUCGCUCUUUCAGAAUGGAUGGUCAAACUGGUCUUACUGGUGUAAUGUGAAAGCUUACUCUUGACUUUGUGCCUAUCUGAAAAUGUAAUGUGUGUCAGUCCAGUUCAGUAUUAGAUUUUUUUAUUAUUGUGCCAGGUUUUUGUUUUUUGGUUAUUUUUUUUAUUCAUUUUACAUUUGGUUGCAAUUACUGAGUUUGUAUUAUUAUUAUUAUUAAUAUAUUUUUUAUAUAAUUUGAAUUAGAUUUUAUUGACAAAUGAAGAUUUCAACAUCUGGUCUUUCAUCUGCUGUGUGAGGAAAAGUCAUGAGGUGCCACAUGAUCUAAAGAUCAAGUAAUAAUAACAGCUUUUUAUCAUUAUCCUAAGCUUCACUGAAGGUUUGCAGCUCAGAUUGUUUAAAGAAUAAGACAAAUAGAUGAUUUUUUUUAAGUGAAUUCAAAGGAAAUGGUGCUGAAAAUGAUGGCUGGUUAAGUUUGAGUGGAAAUGAAUGAGUUGAGCUUCCAUAAAAGGAAUUAUUUUUUAGGUAUGUAAAUGUUUCUGUAUGAGUCGUCUAUGGAAAUAAAUAAUAUUAAAUGAAACUGGGGGGUGGGGGGUGUGUGUGUGAAGGAAUCUACAAUACUUUAGGCGUCACAUGUUCUUUCAUGAUGUAAGUUGAAAGUGCAGCAGUUCAAACCUGGUCACAUGUAAAGUCUAUACAGAUGUUUGACAAAUACCCCAAAGCAGAUUAUACUAAGACAUUUGUUUAGCUGACUUUGGAAUAUGAUGGAGUGAUUGUGGAGAAUAUUUGUCAUUCUUAGGUUAUAAAAAAAAAAAAAAAAAACAGGUUCAGAGUUUCUUUAGUUAAGUAAAAAAAAAAACAUUUAAUUACAGGUGGUUUGACCUCCAGAACCUAAGAUGUAUUGUAUGUGUAAUUUAAAUGGCAAAUUUAGUUUUUAUCUAUUUACCCUGUGGCUCUGUUUACUUUUCAUGAAGCAGAGAUUAAAUUAAACACAAAUUUAAACAGCUA